AGAAAUGGACGACCAGGGAUGUCCUCGCUGCAAAACAACAAAAUAUAGAAAUCCGUCCUUAAAACUUCUUGUCAAUGUCUGUGGACAUUCUUUGUGUGAAACUUGUGUUGAGGCGUUAUUUGUCAAAGGCUCAGGAACUUGUCCAGAAUGUGGAACAGCUUUGAGGAAAACAAAUUUCAGGGUUCAGUUAUUUGAAGAUCCAUUUAUAGAAAAGGAAAUAGAAAUCCGCAAAAAGAUUCUGAAGGACUUUAACAAAAAAGAAGAAGAUUUUCAUACCUUGGAGGAAUACAAUGAUUACAUUGAAAAAAUAGAAACUAUCAUUUUUAAUAUUAUUAACAAUAUUGAUGUUGAUGAAACGAGGCAGAUGGUAGAACAAUACAAGAGAGAUAAUAAAGAUCAGAUCAGUAAAGGACGAAAUAAAAAGAGUAAAGAUGAAGAAUAUUUAGAAAGCUUAAUAGAACAAGAACAAGAUGAAAAUGUCAGGAAGAGGAAGCUGAUUAUUGAAGAGGAACAGCGACAGAAAGACACAAAAAAGAGGCACAAGGAGGCACUUCUAGAUGAAUUAAUGUUCUCAGACAGAUCAGCUAUGGAUAUACUUUCUGAACACAAAACAGAUAUAGACAAAGAGAAUGAACUCAGUGCUCCUGUGAUGCCCACAACAAAAUUCUCCACUGGAAUCAAACUGGGAGCACAGGGUCCCUUUAUGUCAGUACCCCUGGAGACAAUAGAGCUGUAUAGGUACAGUCCAGUCUAUUUUGAUGUGUUAGGACCAGAACCACCCGAUGAGGAGGCAUUAGAGACAAUCGGGUACCUUAAUCAUAUAAGGAGUGCUUCAGAGCAGGAGAGUGCAGGGGGCUUUGACUCUAAGCUGGCUUGUAUGAGGGCCCUACUGGAUGCUGUGAAUGGACUGUAUUACCUCCCGGUACAAGUCUCAUGACGAUAUUCUUAAGGAGACUUAAAUUGUUGAUGGGAAGAAAAACACUUUGCAAAAUAUUGGUAAAUGGUUUAGUGCUUCUAAGAACAAGUCUCUCAAACAGUUGGUGAAAAAGUUCUGAAGGAAAGACUAUUUUGCUGGAUAGUCUUUUAAUAACAACUGGAUUUUGCAAAUGGACACCAAAAUCUGACAGAAGAAAUGUACAUUACUGUCGGUGACGUAAAACUGAAGCAUUUCUCAUUGUUUGUAGCAUUGAUGACCUUGCAAGAUGUCUUGUUACAGGUACAAAUAUGCUAUUAGGCUUAGUGAUAUGGAAACGAGUACAUCCAAUCAUUCCAAUGUAUCUUGUUGAUUGUGACAUGAUUCUGCAUUGAAUAAAUAUCACUUUCUAUGUC